CAAGUCAGAGCCUUUAUCGAUUCGGACAGUUUUUCUCCCUCCAUAUUCUGCAUUUCACAACUUGAUAGAUCAAUAUCGUCCCAGCCCUCCUUGUGUAGAGUGUAACCCCUUAAUGCAGAUAGAGAAGCUUGAGGUGCCGUCGCCACCUACAGCGGAGCCGGAGGUGCAGUGGCGGGAACCACCGACUAUUCGGCGGCUGGAAGAAUCGGUCACGAACCGAAUCGCUGCGGGUGAGGUGGUGCAGCGGCCGUCUUCGGUGGUGAAGGAACUGGUGGAGAAUAGCCUCGACGCCGGCGCCACCUCUAUAUCCGUCGUUGUUAAAGAUGGUGGCCUCAAACUUAUCCAGGUCUCUGACAAUGGCCAUGGUAUUCGGUAUGAAGACUUGCCUAUAUUAUGCGAAAGGCAUACGACAUCAAAACUUACUUCAUUUGAAGACCUACAAACUAUCAAAUCAAUGGGUUUCAGAGGUGAGGCAUUAGCUAGCAUGACAUAUGUUGGUCAUGUUACUGUCAUGACUAUAACAGAUGGCCAACUACAUGGUUAUAGAGUAUCUUAUAGAGAUGGAGUAAUGGAGCAUGAGCCCAAGCCAUGUGCUGCAGUGAAAGGGACUCAGAUAAUGGUGGAAAAUUUGUUUUACAAUAUGCUUGCUCGUAGGAAAGCAUUACAGAAUGCCAGUGAUGAUUAUCCUAAAAUUGUAGACCUUAUAAGUAGGUUUGCAAUUUAUCAUACUAAUGUCAGCUUUACCUGCAGAAAGCAUGGUGCAAAUAAGGCAGAUGUCAGUACUGUGAUUGCUGCUUCAAGGCUUGAUGCUAUCAAAAUGGUUUAUGGUAUGCCUAUUGCCCGUGAUCUGAUGGAGAUAGGUGCUUCAGACAACAAUCCUACUCGAUCAGUCUUUGAGAUGGAUGGUUUUAUUUCCAGUGCCAAUUACAUGGCUAAGAAGACAACGAUGGUCCUUUUCAUCAAUGACAGGCUGGUGGAAUGCACUCCCCUUAAGAGAGCUAUCGAGGUGGCAUAUUCUGCAACGCUAACAAAGGCAUCAAAGCCUUUCGUUUUUAUGUCUAUCAGGGUCCCAUCUGAGCAUGUAGAUGUUAAUGUACAUCCUACAAAGAGAGAGGUAAGCCUUUUGAAUCAAGAGAGUCUUGUGAACACCAUUCAAGAUGCUAUUGAAUCAAAAUUGAUGUCCUCUAACAAUACAAGAACAUUUCAUACGCAGGCAGUAACUUCCACCGCAGUGUCUCAUCUGGGUGUGAAAAAGGACACUCAAGCUUUCUCUACUGUGACAAAGUCUCAAAAACUUCCAAUUAAUAAGAUGGUUAGAACUGAUUCACGCGAUCCCUCUGGUAGGCUGCAUGCCUACUUGCAAGAUAGGCCUGGUUCACAAAAUGAAAAAAAACCUGACCUAGCUUCAGUGAGGAAUGCUAUACGAUUAAGAAGGAACCCUAAGGAAGCUUCAGAUCUGACCAGCAUUCAGGAGCUUGUUCGAGAUAUUGAUUCUAAUGUUCAUCCUGGCCUCCUCGACAUAGUAAACAAUUGCACAUAUGUGGGCCUUGCUGAUGAAAUUUUUGCCUUACUUCAACACAAUACUCAUCUUUAUCUUGUCAAUGUUGUUAAUGUCAGCAAAGAGCUUAUGUAUCAACAAGUCAUACGUAGAUUUGGAAAUUUUAAUGCCAUACAACUUAGUGAACCAGCCCCUCUUCUGGAGUUAUUGAUGAUAGCAUUGAAAGAGGAAGAUUUGGAUUCUGCUAGUGAUGAAAAUGAUGCUUUUAGAAAGAAGAUUUCUGAGAUGAAUACUGAUCUACUAAUGAAAAAAGCUGAAUUGCUCGACGAGUACUUUUCUAUUCACAUAGAUGAACAACAGAACCUGACAAGGCUUCCUGUUGUGCUGGACCAGCACACUCCUGACAUGGACCAUGUUCCAGAGUUUUUGUUGAGUUUGGGUAAUGAUGUUGUCUGGACCAGUGAGAAAGAGUGCUUCCAAACAAUUGCAGCUGCUAUAGGGGACUUCUAUGCUAUCCAACCUCCUGUCCUUCCGAAUCCAUCUGGCAAUGGAAUUCAGUUCUACAAGAAUAGUAAAAGAGAUGCCGGCACAAAUGCAGCAAUUGAAUUAAAAAUGCCCGAGAAUGUUUCAGAUACUGAUAUUGAUGGAGAAUUACUUGCUGAAGCUGAAACAGCAUGGGCUCAGCGGGAGUGGACUAUUCAGCAUGUUUUGUUCCCAUCCAUGAGACUUUUCCUCAAGCCACCAAAUGCAAUGGCCAAAAAUGGAACCUUUGUUCAGGUUACUUCACUCGAUAAGCUCUACAAGAUUUUUGAGAGAUGCUGAGAGCGAAAGCGGGAUCGUCUACUUGGAUAAUCAUGUAAAUUGGACAGAUAGCCUCAUCAAUCUUUUUUUGGUUUUUCCUCCUUUUUAUUGGUGGGUAAUUUUUUGCUAGUAGUAAAUCUUGAAUCUGAUCUAGUGAAACAUACGAAACUCAGAACUGUUUACUACUCUGCCCAAAGUACAAUGUGUUCCCUUUGGUUUAGUUGAGAAGAUAAAUUUCGAUGUUAA